AUGGUGAGGAACCAAAGCACCAGCAGUCGCCAGCUCUUAGCUCCACCUCCCUGGUUUGUUUCCUUCGCCUUGACAGAGCCUUGGUCCGGUAAGAUGAUCUGACCACAGCUGGUCUCCUACACUUAGAACAAGUUGGAGGCAAGAGAACUUGGGGAAGGAAUUUGGUUUCACUAAAAAUAGCUGCAGUAUAGACCCUGUGACUUACCACUCCUCAGAACAGUCUGAUAUGCACCGCACGGGGUCCACUGACCCCUGCCAUCACUUUGGACUAUUUGCUUGUCCUGCCUGGAGCCCUUGAAACCACGAGGGGCUUAGGGAGCUGGGGGCGCUUUGGCUCAGACGCAGACUCUUGCAAAUCUCAGACACGCAUGGUGGUGAUACGACCGAGAAGCUUCCUCUCCCCCGGAGCGCGUGACCGUCGGCACUAACAACAACAGGUCCCUUUAAGAGUUUGGUCCAUGGUGGAAUAUCGCUUGUUCCUCACCACCGGGCCCACUGCAUCUCCACUUCUAAGGCAGCGGCGGCGGCGGCAGCGCUGGGGGAAAGCGGCUUCUGCCCGGAGCCACACCGAGGGGAGCUCGCGGUCGUGACUUGCCACCCUAAGCACUCUCCCAAGUCCGGCCCGCUCGGCGAGGACUUCCGUCUCCUGGCCGAACCUUGUCAAGCAAGCUGGGAUCUAUGAGUGGAAAGGUGACCAAACCCAAAGAGGAGAAAGAUGCUUCUAAGGUUCUGGAUGACGCCCCCCCUGGCACACAGGAAUACAUUAUGUUACGGCAAGAUUCCAUCCAAUCUGCGGAAUUAAAGAAAAAAGAGUCCCCCUUUCGUGCUAAGUGUCACGAAAUCUUCUGCUGCCCGCUGAAGCAAGUCCAUCACAAAGAACACACAGAGCCCGAAGAGCCUCAGCUUAAGGGUAUAGUUACCAAACUAUACAGCCGACAAGGUUACCACUUGCAGCUGCAGGCAGAUGGAACCAUUGAUGGCACGAAAGAUGAGGACAGCACUUACACUCUGUUUAAUCUCAUCCCUGUGGGUCUUCGAGUGGUGGCUAUUCAAGGAGUUCAGACCAAGCUGUAUUUGGCAAUGAACAGCGAGGGAUACCUGUACACCUCGGAACAUUUCACACCUGAGUGCAAAUUCAAAGAAUCGGUGUUUGAAAAUUAUUAUGUGACAUAUUCAUCAAUGAUAUACCGUCAGCAGCAGUCAGGCCGAGGGUGGUAUCUGGGUCUGAACAAAGAAGGAGAGAUCAUGAAAGGAAACCAUGUGAAGAAGAACAAGCCUGCAGCUCACUUUCUGCCCAAACCACUGAAAGUGGCCAUGUACAAGGAGCCGUCUCUGCACGACCUCACGGAGUUCUCCCGAUCUGGAAGCGGGACCCCAACCAAGAGCAGAAGUGUCUCCGGCGUACUGAAUGGAGGCAAAUCCAUGAGCCACAAUGAAUCAACGUAGCCAGUGAGGGCAAAACAAGGGCUCUGUAACAGAACCUUACCUCCAGGUGCUGUUAAUUCUAGCAGUCCUUCACCCAAAAGUUCAGAUUUGUCCAUGAUGUUUACCAAACAAACAAGGCAGAGUUCACUACUCUAAUCUGCCGUCAAACCUUCUUCUCAUCCAUACAAACGCCCCAUAAUUUAGAACGAGCUUGUGCGAAAAAAGAGUGCCAAGCAUGAUCAGUGAAUUAAAUCCGGGAGAAGGACUGCCCAAUUUUCUCAUGAUCUCACCUAUGCUUUGGGGAAGACAAACCAAAAACAUUUCACAGCACUAAUGCUGAUUAAAAAAAUUGCUCUCCAACCAAGAAAAUUGAAAAGACCACCAUUGUUCUUCAAAAGCAAACAACAAAACAAAACAAAAUUAACUGCUUCAAUGUUUUGUAGGGGCAAACAAAAUUCUGUGAACCGUGUUGUUUUCUAUCUAUGCUUGAUUCGUAUGUAUUCUUUCCUUUGGCAUAGCGCAACUUUAUGAUUUCUGGAAUUCAAUGGUUCUAUUGACUCUGUGUCACUUAAUCCAACUCAACCAAAUUCAGGGUUGAAGCUGAAUUGGCAUCUCAGGCUCAAGGUAACAGUGUUCUUGUGAUUUUACCAAAUUUUUUUUUUCCUUUACAUUCGUAGUAUUCUGAUCGAGUUCUUGUGCUGUACUUUGUGCGUAGAAAUUGUGUUGUGUUGUCAACCCCAGUCAGUAAAGAUUACUUAAAAAAAAAAAGAUUAUCCUCAAGUAUAGAUUUCUCUUAAUUCCAUUUGUGUUAUCAUGUUAAACUACUAUUGUGGCUUCUUGUGUAAAGACAGGAACUGUGGAACUGUGAUGUUGUCUUUCGUGUUGUUAAAAUAAGAAAUGUCUUAUCUGUGUAUGUAUAAGUCCUCCUGUCAUUGUAUUUGGCGCGUGAAUAUUGUGUACAAGGAAAUGUUAAAAGACUGGUUACCCCUAAACAACAUAUACUUAUACCUGCUUCUGGAAAAGUGUUUAAGACUUAGCUAGGUUUCCAUUUAGAUCUUCAUAUCUGUUGCAUGGAAGAAAGUUGGAAUCUUGGCAUAGAGUUGCAUGAUAUGUAAGAUUUUGUGCAUUAAUAAUUGUUAAAAUCUGUGUUCCAAAAGUGGACAUAGCAUGUACAGGCAGUUUUCUGUCCUGUGCACAAAAAAGUUUAAAAAAAGUUGUUUAAUAUUUGUUGUUGUAUACCCAGAUACGCACUGAAUAAACUCUUUCUAUUCAUUCAAAGAAAAA